AUCUAUUACUCGAUCUUAUUAUCGCAAUGCCGUCGGUGCCUUGUUGGUUUUUGACAUAACCAACCGUGAGUCUUUCUCUCAUAUCUCUGGAUGGUUCGAGGACGCUGCAAUGAACAUGAAGUGCCGCUCUCCGAGCUUUAUUUUAGUUGGCCAGAAGGCUGAUUUGGCAUCAGCGCGAGAGGUCUGUUUAUGUAUUCUUAUCCCAGCCAUACUUCCUGUUCGUGAUCCUUAG